AAAAAUAAAGCAUCACGGUGGAUCAACGAAGGAGAGAAAAAGAGAGGCUUUCUUCUUCUUCCUCUUCUUCUUCUUCUCUUCCCCUUCUCCGAUCUUUUUCUAUUUAAUGCAUCUGCGUAUUCUAAUUCGAAAGAUUUAACGGUUGGUAAAAAAUGAUGUGUAUUGGUCAAAGAAUCUCUUUUCGAUUUGGGAGGGUUACUGGGUAAUGUUGGUACAGUAGCUCAGUUUUAUAAGUUUGAUCAAAAAAUGUGGAGCUUUGCGUCGAAUGUUAUUGGGAGUAUGGGGCUUAAAAAGUCCUCUAACGAUACAGCUCAGGCCUCCUCACAAUGUUCGGAUGACGAGGUUUCGAAUGUUAGCAGGGAUGAAGAAGGAUUAGAAUGUCCUAUUUGUUGGGAAUCUUUCAACAUUGUUGAGAAUGUUCCUUAUGUGUUAUGGUGUGGUCAUACUCUUUGCCAGAAUUGUGUGUUUGGGCUUCAGUCUGCUGUCUUGAGACUUUCCAGCCAAGAUAUCAGGAUUCCAUUCUUCGUCUCGUGCCCGUGGUGUCAGUUGCUGUCAUUUAGAAUUGUCUACAAGGGGAAUCUUAAGUUCCCUCGGAAAAACUUCUUCCUUCUCUGGAUGGUUGAGAGUCUGAAUGGUGACAGGACAAGUCAAGGUCCCUUGGUAAGCGAUAACCACCAAUCUGUUUUGAAUCCGAGGUGUGGUAGCAUGUCACUGGGAAACGAAAGCAGCAACAACAGUUUGAUUGCGACGCCUUUAUUGCGUAACCAGUCUACAGAACGUUUACCACAACAUGACCACAGUAGCCAACCAAGCAGACAACACUUCUCUUUCCACAAAUCACUUGAUUUCUUCAUCUCUUUCACUUCCAAGUUUCCAUUUGUGAUCAUCUUCCUUCUGAUCGUAUUCUUUGCUAUACCUGGUAGCCUCAUCAUUCUUGCCCUUUACUUCCUCCUCACAAUACUUUUCGCUGUUCCAGCUGGUCUGGUACUAUAUUUUGCUUACCCUAUUCUAGAAAGGUUGGUAAAUGAAAUAACAUCAUCAUGAGAUUGGUGCUGAACUCAUAACUCUUAUUAUCGGUUGCUCGGCCCAUUCUGAGUGUUUUUAGUUUACAAUGGAACCCUUUUUUUUUAGCAUUUGGAGUCUUUUGAUGGUCAGAACUCAGAAGAAGCUUUCUUGAUUUGUGGUAGUUUUGCACCUUUUUUAAAAUAAUAUGUUUAUUGUAAGCUUUGAGCAUUGUAUUUUGUGAUUUUGAACUCUUGGUUCUAAUUUUGUUGCGAAACUGUCUAAAGUUUUGGUUUGCAGAUUUGUGCUCAUAAUGGAUCACAUGAGUGUUA